CAUAUAAGUACCCAUUGUUACAACUCCCACUUGUUAACAGUGCUCAUCUGAUAAAGUAACUCAGGUUUCACAAUGGCAGACGACGAGGAGCCCAGAAGCCCUAGGCCAAUGCCCCCCAAGGAUGCCAAGCCAAAGUCGAAGAUCUCGGCUUCCCGCAAGCUUUCUCUGAAGAUCCUGCUCCUGACCCGGGCCAUGGAGGACCUGGAGAAAGAGAAGGCUGAGAGGGAUGAGGAGAAGGUGCGCUACCUGGGUGAGAAAGUGCCUCCUCUCCAGAUGUCUGGACUCUCACUGGAUGAGCUGCAGAAACUGUGUAAGCAGCUCCAUGCAAAAAUCGAUGUUGUGGACGAAGAACGCUACGACUGUGAAGCAAAAGUUAUCAAGAACAACCGAGAUAUCCAUGAGCUGAAGCUCAAAGUCCAGGACCUAGGGGGCAAAUUCAAGAAGCCAGCACUGAGGAAGGUGCGCGUGUCGGCAGACGAGAUGAUGCGGGCCCUGCUGGGCUCCAAGCACAAGGGCUCCAUGGACCUCCGCGCCAACCUCAAGUCUGUCAAAAAGGAGGACAUCAAACAGGAGAAGGUGCUCACCACUGAGGUCGGUGACUGGCGGAAGAACGUGGAGGCCAUGUCGGGCAUGGAGGGCAGGAAGAAGAUGUUCGACGCAGCCGGCGGCGCCCAGUGAGCGCCCCAGUGACCUCAGCAGCUGCAGCAGGCUUCUGUGAAGACUGGGGAAGAAGUCUGAGGGCGAUGAGUAUUCCAUAUGGAAUAUAGAAGAAGCUGGUGUUUUACCUUGGAGUGUACACUCCAGUCGAAUCAUAUCACUGCAUAAGGCGGCAGGUCUUAAAUUGUGCAGAACUCAGUGUUGAUCUUGUAAUGUAACCCGGGCAUCACUCAGCCCUUUUCUUGGCUGAGAGAUAACCGAGAUGGUGGGAUACCUGAGGUGGUCUUACUCAUAUUGAGAAACUGUAUGUGGACAGUUCAGGAAGAUUCAACAGUGCCUGCUGUAGGGUCUUCACCCAUGACUGAUAGUCUUAAAAGGACAGGAGUGGCCUGACAGCCUUGUUAAGUCUUGCAGGUUUACAGCAUUUGAUUUUAUCGCUUCAUUCUGACCUAAUUGGUGCUGGGCUCAGCAGUGAGUCUGUACAAUUUAAUCAUCCUGCCAGCAUUAAGGAUGAUCUCUUAUACUGGGGCAAACUUCCUUAAUGCAGCCUUUUUCCAUUUCUCACUAUAUGUUGAAAAUAUAAUUUCUUCAUGUAAUUUCACAUUUUUAAAAAUUAAACCUUUUGCAAUAUGGAGAAAUAAUUGGGCAAAUAUUGUUUCCAUCAGCAAAUAAAUGUGAACAGAAUAA